GGCACUCGUAUCGCAGGCAGUACCUCGAUAGAACACCUGUUGCAACUAGGUGACUUCAGGUUACGAAUCAACGAUUCCACUUACACAGUGACAGUGCCACCUUUAGAGAGGGGAAUUUCAUCGUUGAUCGAGGUGUCAUCCAGCGAUAAAUUACGAAUUCUCGACGAUUUGAAAUCGAAAAUAGCCUCAUUGCAUGCCAUCUUCAAUGUGGAUGAAUUUAAAGUUGAACGAGAGAGGAUUCUGAUAGAAAAGUUGGAAGAAGUUGAGCAGGAGCUGAAGCCUCUGGAAGAGCUAAAAAGCAAAAUAGAUGCAGAGUGCGAAAAGCAUUCUGAACGUGUCAUGUGGUCAUUCUUCGUUGCAAUGGGUCUACAAACGGGUAUUUUCGCAAGGUUGACCUGGUGGGAGUAUAGUUGGGACAUAAUGGAACCGGUCACUUAUUUCGCAACUUAUGCCACUGUCAUUGCUACUUACGGGUAUUAUUUGUAUACGAGACAGGAAUUUGAAUAUUCGACAAUGCGAAAUCGUUGCUAUACGAAGUACUUUUAUAAAGUCGCCGAAAAGUAUAAAUUCAAUGUUGAGAGAUACAACGAGCUUCUCGACUUGACGGAUGGUAUCCGAAAAGAUUUAUCACGACUUCGUGAUCCACUCUAUCAGCAUUUGCCAGCCACACAUCUUGCCUGGGCUCUUAAAGAUGCUUCUUCAUCUCGACUCAAGUCUCAAUCCGAAAUGAGCCCCGAUCCCGCGGUGCAAUCCUCAGCUGAUGAUCAUCAAAAAUCUUGA